AUGUCAGACCUUUCGACUUUGCUGUUUCUCCUGAUAAUGCCAGCUUUGCUGUCUGCCGAGCCAGACUGUUCCCAAAGACCAGAUGUAACUUCCCUCAAAAACUGCUGCAGACUUCCCUAUCUAAACUUGACUAGCUACAAUUCCCAAUGCGGCCAGUAUUUGGUAAAUGGGGCGCACAUAACACCUUGUAGUUUUGAAUGCAUUUUUACAGCAGCCAAGGUCCUGAAUGGCACCAGUUUGGUGGUGGAGAAUGUGGAAAAAAUGCUACUCCCCAUGUUGGACUCCCAGGAAUUCGUUCAGAUCUACGUUGACGGCUUCAAGUACUGUUCUGGCCAAGAGCAGGCCAUGGUCAAGAGCCUCAAGCGACGCCGUAUGCCCACCGUUGGCAAGUGCUCCUCGAUGGCGGUAAUGUAUGGCCUGUGUUCCCAUCGUUACGUCUACAGGAACUGCCCGGACAGUGUCUGGAGUAAGAGCUCGGGCUGCAAUGAUGCCCGGGAAUUCAGCAUCCACUGCGAGGACAAACUGACCGGUUAA